UCCUUUAAAGAAAAAAAAAAAAAAAAGCAUGCUUCCUGUCAAUCUGCUAGAGAGAGAGGCUUCCUGGCAGAGAGGAGGAGCCACCUCGCAGUUAUAAUGAGAGCUCUCCUCCUCCUGACCUGCUUCACUAGUAACUCACAGCUCAGCAGGGCUGGAGCACACAGUCACUCACAGAGACACACAGAGAGAAAACUACUUCACGAGUUUGUUGCCAAAGAACUUUUUUACAUUCGUAUCAUCUGUGUGAACAUCUGUGAACAUCUGUGCGCAUCUAUCAUCCACCGACACUUGGAUUUAUCUUUUAAAAGGAGCGGAUUGAAAAAGGUGUCUCACUUCCAGACAGAGUGACCUCUUCACCUCUCUGAACCUCACUUUGACCCCACCUCUUCAGUCUCUCUUUGUCUGCACGGCGCCCAGAGCUCCCCCCAGGCUACCUAGAGAGCGGGCACAGCGCCAUGGUAACUCACAGCAAGUUUGACUCCGCAAUGAGCAGCAGCCUCGUGGACUCCAGCAUGCGGCUGCCUCACCGUUACAAGACUUUCACCUCCAAGACGCAGUACCAGAUGGUGCUCGCCACGCUGCACAAGCUCCAGGAGAGCGGCUUCUACUGGGGCGCCAUCAACGGGAAGGAGGCCAACGCCAUGCUGGCGUCCGAGGCAACCGGCACCUUUGUGGUCCGGGACAGCUCCGACAACCGGCACCUGUUUGCCCUCAGUGUCAAGACGGGGUCGGGUACCAAGAACCUUCGCAUCCAAUGCGACGCCUCCUCUUUUUACCUGCAGACGGACCCUAAGAACAUUCAGUCCGUCCCCCACUUUGACUGCGUCCUCAAGCUUGUCCACUUCUACAUGCCUCAGAGCAAAGGGAACACUCGCAGUGGGAAUAUGUACUACAUUUACUCCGGAGGGGAGAAGAUCCCCCUGGAGCUCAUCAGACCUCUCGCCUGCAGUUUGUCCACUUUGCAGCACUUGUGCAGGAAAACAGUGAAUGGACAUUUGGACGUUUCUACUAGAAGAGAACAGCUUCCUCAUCCUCUUAAGGAGUUCCUCCAGGAGUACGAUGCUCCUAUCUAAGAGGCGUUGUUGGACUGAUGCCCUUGAAAGGGGCUAACUAUAAAGAAACUGGAUGGUUUCAGCGCAGCUGACCAUCGAAGACACGUGUUGUGUCUCAGGAGAAGCAGAGUCAAGAGAUGGAGCUUGUGAAAAGGAGUACUGACAAGAUGUGUGCAGGUCUCACAGAAGAGACUCUGGAUUGAGGACUGAUCCACAAAGAGAAAAGAGAGAGAGCACUGCUGUAAUCUGGCAAAAGAGAGAUCGUCCUCCUCUGCCUCACUGAUGACUUACAACUUACUGAAAACUGAAGUGAGGCUCACAGUCAGCUGUCUGCAAUCUGAUGACACACAGCUUCCCUCUGCUGCUGCUGCUGCUAAACCAAACUGUGCUGUGACGCCGUCGAGCUCACAGACACACACACACACACACCACAGCCUCAGAAAAUCAUCCAUCCAUUAAAGCCCCAACCUGGCUUUUACGGUCAGGCUGGCUUUUUUUUUUUGCUGACCUCUGAUGAUAAUCCUGGACGUAUUACACACACACACACGUCCGUCCAGCAUCCUGGGAUCUCUGACCACGCUGGAAAUUCACAGACAAUGGAAACUUUUAGAGUACAAAAUGAGUGAUGGGUGCAUAUUUGUCCCAGACACGAUGGGAAAACUUUUUUUAAAAUGUGGAAAAGAAGACGUGUUUCUGAUAUUUUGUUUAGAGGAAAGGUUUACGCCAAAAAAACAGUUUGUUGGAGCACCAUCAUGACUGAAUCCUAGAAGAUCUUACUUGAGAGAAAAGCACCACUGCUUAAUAUGCCUUCAGUGGUGAAGAAAUAUACAUAUAUAUGCACCAAAAGAUGUGGUAGUAUUCAUGGCACAGACAGGAUCGCCAUUGCUUGCAAAUGAAUGUAUUAAACAUGAUCUUUUCCCAAUAAGGAGAAGAGUCAAAAUAAUGUAUCUUAUUUUCAUGAGUUUACAUGAGUGCAGAUGUUUUUUUUUUGUGCUGUCUUUUAUAAAGAUGUACUAUAAAGCCAGCCAAACCUCCGGCUGUGGAUGCUUGAAGAUAUUUUGUUUGACGAAGCAAGCAGACUGAUAACGACUUUGCACUUAUUUAUAUUUGUACGGACAUUUCAUUAAUUUAUGAUAAUAAAAAGAGCACUAUUUUUCUAUGAAAUGA